AUCAUGGAAUCCAAAAUGUCUACCAAGAGUUUUCGAGUUAGCGAAGGCGACUGGAUUUGUGGCGAUAAAAAAAAAAACAACUGAUGCCAAGAAGAUGAAAGCUGGAGGGACAGAAAUAGGAAAGACCCUUGCUGAAAAAAGCCGAGGCCUAUUUAGUGCAAAUGACUGGCAGUGCAAAACUUGUGGAAAUGUGAACUGGGCCAGGAGGUCAGAGUGCAAUAUGUGCAACACACCGAAGUAUGCUAAACUGGAGGAGAGGACCGGAUACGGAGGGGGUUUCAAUGAAAGAGAGAAUGUUGAAUACAUAGAACGAGAAGAAUCAGAUGGGGAAUAUGAUGAGUUUGGUCGCAAAAAGAAAAAGUUUCGUGGAAUGAGUGGAGAGCCAAAGUCCAUUCUAGGAGAUGAAGUAGCGAAAGAAUCUGAAGGGGAAGAAGAUGAUGAGGAUGACGAUGGAGAUCUCUCAAAGUACAAGUUGGAUGAUGAUGAAGAGGAUGAAAAAGAUACUGGAGGUGGUCGUGUUGAGGAGGAGGAGGAGGAUGAAGACGAGGACGACGAUGAUGAUGCAGAUCUAUCUAAAUAUAACCUUGAUAGUGGAGAUGAAACCAAAAAGUCAAGAAGUAGCUCAAAAUCUGGAUCUUCCAGAUCAUCGUCACGAUCUUCCUCUCAUUCAAGUUCAAGGUCUAGGACCAGAUCCCGUUCAAGAUCAUCUUCCAGUUCCAGAUCAAGAUCUCGUUCUAGUUCCAGAGAGCGAUCUAGGUCUCAAGGGUCUAAAUCAAGGUCCAGCUCUAGGUCCCUUAGAGGUUCGUCUUCACCAAGAAAGAGAUCCUACUCAAGCUCCCAUUCAUCAUCAUCCCCAGAGAGAGGAGAGAAGCGAAGUCUAUCUAGAUCCCCUUCCCCGGGUGAACGGAAAAAGCGACGGUCAAGAUCUCGGUCGGCUGAAAGACAACGCAGAUCAUCGUCUGGAUCCUCUCAUUCUGAUUCCAUAUCUCCAAGUUCUAAAAAGAAAUAACAUUUUUGAAAAUUGUUUUUAAUCGUUACUUCCAGUAAAGUGCAUGAAGACUGUUCUGAAGAAGUUGGUGUCUUUGCUUGGUCAGAACUGCUGAAUUAUCUGCUGGUAUGAUGGUAGUAGUAAUGUCUGUCCCUCAUCUUUUUAUUAAGGGAACUACAACUUCAUGGUUAAAAAAAUAAAAAAAUCUGUAAAUGGCAUUUUAAGUCAUUGGUUAUAGAGCAGAUUGGAGGUGUUUCUCCCAGAAACAUUUUGCUGGGAUUGUAUGUGUACAUAUAUAUAUGUAUAUAUUUUUCUUUCCUUAUUUUUGAAUCCUUCGUCCUGUAUUUGUAAUAUAACAGGUAAUGAGGAUUCAUAGCAUAUCAUCAAUGUAGUAAGUAUUGAAACGCUUAGUUUACUGAAUGUUGAAAGUCAUGGAAACAUUGUUAGCCUGUCAAAGCGUAGCUUCUGAAUGUGCUGUGUAUGCACAUCAGAAUAACUUAACUUUGUAAGGAAGCUGUUCCCCCACAUCCGCACUAAGUAAAUUAAAUUCCUUCAGGGCUUGCAUUGCCUUGGAAAUCGUUUGAAUAACUUUGUUUUCUAGCGAAAAGAAAGCAUUUAUUUUCUUCCAGAGUAAUGCAGCUUUUUAGUUAAUGAAUUUGGUUAGUACAGAAAAGUUACUCAAGCUGUGCAUAACAUUUCACACACUUUUAUACAUGUAGACAUAGUUUUUUGUAGUUAUAUUCCUUCCGUUAAAAUUAUUUCUUGUUCAAGUUGUAUUGGGCAGUGUGUCAGCAUGUAUGCUUUUAGAUUUAUGUAUUCACUAGUAUUUGAUUUAAGUUUACUUAAUUUGGUUAUGUUUGAAGUGCAAGUCUUCCAUAGGCAGUGGGGUAGUAAAGUUAAGUAUAACUGUAGGUGCUGCAUUGUGGUGUUUCUCACUGACUUUAGAACUACAGGAAUGGCAUUCCAGUGCAGGGCUCACUGUAUGUAAACCGAAUACUUUUAUCAGUAUGUGCAUUAAUAUACACAUUUAAAGCCUGUCUGUUUCAUUUUGAGCUUUCUCAUUUUUAUUAAUGAAGAAAACAGUUGAUGUUAUGCCAUGAAUCCAAACACUUUUUUUUUUCUUUGUAGUUUUGCUAAAUGGUAUGAAAUUUCAGACUAACAAGUUCAUACCUUGCUGGGCCAGUUGUGGUCUUUUAAUAUAGUCAGAUGGUAGUAAUGAAUGUGGUGGUUCUAAUAAAGUAAAGCUACAAGGUAUGAGUUCAGAAUUAUCAGAUUUUCAGACUAGGUGAAUGCCUAUAUGGCCACUAUAUGUGGUUACAUUUCACAUUUUUACCUGUUUUUGCAAGCUGUAUAGUUUAAAAUGUUUGUUUUAGGUACUAGGUCUUUGAUUUGUCUCUAGACCUGUUUUGUUCUGUUUUUUCAAGGAGCUUAUGUAAUAGAUGGACCAUGUACUAAAUAGUAGUAAGCAGUUUUCUUUGGAUGUUAAGGUAAGUAUUCGUGGGAAGAAAACCAGAAUAUUUUUUUCAUAUUUUGAAAGGUGUUUUAUCCUUUUUUAUAGUUAAAUCAAGGUAUCUGAUUUGCUAGUCAUGUUUGCAGUUGUCAUAAGUAAGCCAGAAUUUUCUUGUAUAUGUGUUUGUGUAUAUGUAUAUAUAUAUAUAUAUAUAUAUAUAUAUAUAUAUAUAUAUAUAUAUAUAUAUAUAUAAACAUCUGUGUGCUGUCUGUCCACAUUGUCUUCCCAGUUAUAGAAGACUGAAUUGUUCUAAUACUUGUGGCACUGUUCUUCAGAUUUAAGUGCCCCGUAAGAAAUUACUGUUCAGUGCUUGCUUUAUAUUUUCAUAGCUGCUGCAUAGAACCACCUUGUGUAAAAAAUUAAGGCUGCAUUGCAAAAAAAAAAUCUGCUUUAUGCUUAACUUUCUGCCCUCCAAAUUGUGAAGAUUGUUGCGGACUGUUUCAUUGGUUGAAAUCUUGUACUUUAUUACAGUUUGUUUUCCAAAGUAUACUUUGUUUCAGUGGAAUAUUGAAUGACAGAGUCUAUUUACUUCAACUUCACCCACAUGACAGCUGACCAAGUAAACCACUUGUAAUUAAACUUGAUUACAUUGUUGAAAGACUGUAAAUAAACCUGACAGCUAAAAAAAAAAAAAA